GACUUUGGCUUUUUCUUUCAGGUGUCCUGAAAAAUGGCUGAUGAUAUUGAUAUUGAAGCAAUGCUUGAAGCUCCUUACAAGAAGGAUGAGAACAAAUUGAGCAGUGCCAAUGGCCACGAAGAACGCAGCAAGAAGAGAAAAAAGAGCAAGAGCAGAAGUCGAAGUCAUGACAGGAAGAGGAGCAGAAGCAAGGAACGCAAACGAAGUCGAGAUCGCGAAAGGAAAAAGAGCAGAAGCCGGGAAAGGAAACGCAGCAGAAGCAAAGAACGCAGGCGCAGUCGUUCUAGAAGUAGAGAUCGCAGAUUCAGAGGCCGCUAUAGAAGUCCCUAUUCUGGUCCAAAAUUCAACAUUGCCAUCAGAGGGAAGAUUGGUCUGCCUCACAGCAUCAAAUUAAGCAGACGUCGUUCCAGGAGCAAAAGUCCUUUCAGAAAAGACAAGAGCCCUGUUAGAGAACCUAUUGAUAAUCUUACCCCUGAAGAGAGGGAUGCUCGAACAGUAUUCUGCAUGCAGCUGGCUGCAAGAAUUCGGCCAAGAGACCUGGAAGAGUUUUUCUCUACAGUAGGGAAGGUUCGUGAUGUGCGAAUGAUUUCUGAUAGAAAUUCCAGACGUUCAAAGGGAAUUGCUUAUGUAGAGUUUGUGGAUGUUAGUUCAGUGCCUCUGGCAAUAGGACUAACAGGACAGAGGGUCUUGGGUGUACCAAUCAUAGUACAAGCAUCACAGGCAGAGAAAAACAGAGCAGCAGCAAUGGCAAAUAACUUACAGAAGGGCAGUGCUGGUCCUAUGAGGCUCUAUGUGGGGUCACUGCACUUCAACAUAACUGAAGAUAUGCUUCGGGGAAUCUUUGAGCCAUUUGGCAGGAUUGAAAGCAUUCAACUAAUGAUGGAUAGUGAAACUGGACGUUCAAAAGGAUAUGGAUUUAUUACGUUUUCAGACUCCGAGUGUGCCAAAAAGGCCUUAGAACAACUCAAUGGAUUUGAGCUGGCUGGUAGGCCAAUGAAAGUUGGACAUGUAACUGAGCGCACUGAUGCAUCCAGUGCUAGUUCGUUUUUGGACAGUGAUGAGUUGGAACGCACUGGAAUUGACUUGGGAACAACUGGCCGCCUUCAGCUGAUGGCAAGACUUGCAGAGGGCACUGGUUUGCAGAUUCCCCCAGCUGCACAGCAGGCUCUGCAGAUGAGUGGAUCGUUGGCAUUUGGAGCUGUGGCAGAUUUGCAAACAAGACUCUCUCAGCAGAAUGAAGUUCUGGCUGCAGCUGCUUCUGUACAGCCACUUGCAACACAGUGCUUCCAGCUUUCCAAUAUGUUUAAUCCUCAAACUGAAGAAGAAGCUGGAUGGGAUACAGAAAUUAAAGAUGAUGUGAUUGAGGAGUGCAACAAACAUGGAGGAGUUAUCCACAUCUACGUAGACAAAAAUUCAGCUCAGGGCAAUGUGUAUGUCAAAUGUCCUUCAAUUGCUGCUGCCAUUGCAGCUGUAAACGCGUUGCAUGGGAGGUGGUUUGCAGGUAAAAUGAUUACAGCAGCGUAUGUACCUCUUCCAACAUACCAUAGCCUCUUUCCGGAUUCUAUGACUGCAACCCAACUACUGGUCCCUGUUCGACGAUGAAGAUGGAUUUAGUCAGUUUUGUAUAUAGUUAUUUUUUGGAGGAAGAUUGAGUUAUCUUUUAUUUAGAUAAAACUAAAGGAAAAGAUUUAAUGUCAUUUUUGUGUACACUUCCUGCUACCUUUAAAAAUAAAAUGAAGUAAGCAGAAAUGCAGUGUGUUCAUUCUCCCUGACUAGCAUUUCCACUGUAUACAAAGCUGUUGACUUCUUGUUCUGCCUUGUAAUUCUUGUACAUUUACUAAGGUGAUCUGUAGGAAAUGAGAAGUAGCUCAUAGAAAACAAAUUCUGUUAAAGGCAGAUGGGACAUAAUGACAUUUUUAAUGUUUCACAAGCCUUUCUUUUAAUGCAGCAAUUACAUUUUACAUUUCACUAAAUGUAGGUGAUCUGCUAAAGGUUGGUAUCGGAGAUAGACUUUAUGAAGGGACAUAUUUAGUGUUUUGUAUAAAUGGAAAAUUCAAAAGGCUACUGAAAGCUGAUUGUGACCAGCCACUCAGCUUGCUUUGUGCUGAAUAAUUGAUAAGAAUAGAAGGAUUGAAGGGUUUUAUUUCUUGAUGGUAACUUUUGAUUAAUGUAUCUGUAAAAGUUUCUUUGUAAAUACUGUGUGAGGUGUGUCUAAGUUUCCAAACAAAACUCUCUCUGCAUUUCCAGUUAAGUUUCUCUGUAUGCAGUGUGGCACAGUUGCAGGAUUUCAGCCAAGCCUGAAAAUGGGCAGGAAAUACAGAAACAUGUUUUGUUCUGGUUGCAUAUAAUCUUUGCUCUUUUUAAGCUCUGUGAGCUCUGAAAUAUAUUUUUGGGUUACUUCAGUGUGUUUGACAAGACAGCUUGAUAUUUCUAUCAAACAAAGACUUUCAUAUUGCAACAAUCUUUGUAAGAACCACUCAAAUAAAAUUCUCUUAAAAAGGCCUU